UGCUGCCAUGGAAGCGAGCAAACAAACUGCCUCAGAGAUCGCAUAUUGUACCAAGCAUUCAUCUAAAAAGAUCCGUGACUAGAGGCACAUUAAUACUCAGAUUAAUUUAACACAUCAACUUACGGUGUAAAGCCUGUCGCCUUCUAUUGUCAACUGCAAUCAUUCCUGUUGCAUAUCGUCAAUCUGGCAACCCACGUGAGUGAUGAGUCUGAGGGGGAGGGGCAGGAGAAACAAAGCUCUCCAAUAUUUUGAAUAUGGACUGCAGCACCCAUUUCAACCACUAGCUGGCCAUAUUACAUACUGCACCUUUAAUUACAAUUUAUCUUUACUAGAAUAUUACAUUUGCUCCAAGAAAAAUUUGAGUGCUAUAGUUGCUCUAGCAAAACUUGCUGCCGCAAUGCCAGGGUGUUGCUAUGUGGUUGCUAGGGCAUUCUGGGUGUGUUGUUGUGAAACAAAAAUCAAUAAGCCAAAAUAAACUUGAAAGGAAGCUAGUGUGUUUUAGCAUAGGAUCAUGUUACAUAAAUGAGAUGCCAAAUUUUAAUACUCAUAAUUGAGGUUUAUUGAAGUCCCUAACCUUAAUUAUUAUCAAAACAGCAUUUCUAAGUACAUUUUUUACAACACUAAAUAUCAAUAUGACUUCCAUCAAAGUCUCAUUUUCCGGAACAGGCCUUUUCCUCUGUUUUGGCAGGACGAGCAUCACCAGUGAAUAUUCUGAAAGGGGGAGCCGGUGGUGCUUAUAGAGGGGGAUAAAAAAUCAUUGCUAUCAUCCUCAUUAGAGAAGAACCAAUUGUCCAAUCAGCACACAGCUCUGCAAUAGGGCUCCAAAAGGCACCCCCAGUUGGCUGUCGCUAGGAAACCACAGAACCGGGGGCUCGUAUGCGUGUGUUAGAUGGAGAGAAACAGGGAGAGAGAGAGAGUGUCUGUGCCUGGCGACUGGGACGGUGGAUGCUAGCGGUGAUCUGGCAGGAUUGGGGUGCAGAACGCACACUAGACAAAGAAGCAUAAGGGUCCUGAGGCAUGGGGCUCACCACGGGGCCAAACGGAGCUCGUGCUGCCCCUCAGAAAAGCUUGCGUCGAGUGUGGCAGCGGGGCGGUCGUGGUUCAAAGGUGAGGCAUCGGGGCGGCACAAUGGAGGGCGAGCGGAGCACUCCUGCCUCCAGUGCCAGCUGCAGUACAGGCACCAGUACCUCCACCACAAACUCCACAGGCACCACCAGUGCCUCCAUUGCCAGCACUGUCAGCUCCAGCAGCAGUAGUAGCACGAGCAGCGGAAGAGCAGCUGUUCCACAGAUAUCGGUAUACAGCGGCAUACCUGACCGACAGACUGUACAGGUGAUCCAGCAGGCUCUACACAGGCAGCCCAGCACAGCGGCGCAGUACCUGCAGCAGAUGUAUGCAGCUCAACAGCAGCAUCUGAUGCUGCAAACGGCAGCUCUACAGCAGCAGCACCUCAGCACAGCGCAGCUCCAGAGCCUUGCAGCAGUGCAGCAGGCCAGUUUAGCAGCCGGCAGACAGACUUCAAACCAGAAUGGGACCUCAUCUACGCAGAGCGGGCCAUCACAGACCACAAUUAAUUUAACCACGUCCCCUGCCGCUGCUCAGCUGAUCAGUCGUGCCCAGAGCGUAAACUCCGCCCCCUCAGGGAUCUCCCAGCAAGCUGUGUUGCUAGGCAACGCCUCAAGCUCCACCCUGACAGCCAGCCAAGCUCAAAUGUACCUGCGAGCACAGAUGGCUCAGCAGAGUAAUCUUGUGCAUGUAGCCAGGAGUCUGGGCCGAGCCGUCCCUCUGUCCCCUCAGCUGAUUCUGGCUCCUACAGCUACAGUAACUGCUCUACAGUCUGACACUAAUACAGCCAAUAACACACAGUCUGCCUCUGCACAGGUGCAGAACCUUGCCCUGCGCAACCAGCAGGGGGCGUCUUCCACCUCUCAGUCCUCAGGCCUCCAGGCACUGAGUUUAAAGCAGACCCCUGUCUCCAUUCAGCCCACCCCACUCAUCAAGACACCCAGCCAGAGUGCUUCCAGCUCAGACACUGGGAAAAGCAACAUGAACGCUGCUUCCUCGGAUGGAGUGAAGAAAGGAGAGGAAGGGCAAACAGAGAUGAAAGCAGUUAACAUGAGUCGUAACGUGUCCUCGUCACAUCCCUUAAUCGCACCAGCAUAUGCCCAAAUCCAGCCGCAGGCCCUGAUUAAACAGCAACCGCAACAGUUUGUCAUUCAACCCCAAGCCCCACCCACCUCAAGAACCCAGCCUCAGUUACUGCAGACCGCCUCGGUCCAGCCCCACCAACAGACAGCCUCGCUGGCCAUCCAGAGCUCCGCCCAGACCUCAUCGGUAGCAGGAAUCAUUCCGGUUUUGCCUAAACCAGCACUUCACAACCAGGGAUUGGCUCAAAAUCAACAGGCCACCAUCUUCCAUUCAACCGUAAGCCACCAUGCACUCAGCCAGCACGGCUCACACACAGCCCUGGCCCAUGCUAAAGCUCAACCGGUCCAACUGACAGCCAUCAAUCUCCAAAUCCAACCAGCACAAAGCCAGGCUUCAAGACUUGCUCAGGAUGACAAGGAGAAGGCCACGUCUUUGGUGGUAAGAGAGAUUUGUCCGCCAGUACAAAUGCAGCCAACCACUAUGACCCAAGGCACCGACCCCCCUGAACAAUCCAAAAUCGACACUGUUAACGCUACAUCUCAAACUCAAGGCUGUGUGGAGACAGCGCGCGACCCCACGGGAGCACCGGUGACACCGACCAUGACCUCGGCAGCCCCAAGCGAGCCGCCUCCGGCAGCUGUGACGGGAAGUGUGGCACAAAACGGCGAGAACAAGCCACCCCAAGCUAUUGUGAAGCCACACGUUCUCACGCACGUUAUCGAGGGUUUUGUCAUUCAGGAGGGAGCUGAGCCAUUCCCUGUGGAGAGACCUCCGGUGCAGGCAGACAGCCCCAAGAAACCAGACACGCAGCUUCCCUCAGAUCCAGAGAAAACGGCCAGCAGUAAUUCCCUCAGUGCCACAAACUCAGACAUGGAGGAGACUGGACAACAAGACACGAGGACUCAGGAGGAACCGGAGGAGCCCAAGCUCACAUGUGAGCUCUGUGGAUGGGUCGAUUUUGCCUACAAGUUCAAACGUUCAAAACGCUUCUGUUCCAUGGUCUGUGCUAAAAGAUACAGUGUAAGUUGCACGAAGCGGGUUGGUCUGUUCCACCCCGACAGAACUAAAAAAACCAAUCAGAUAAAUCAGUGGAGAAGGAGGAGCUCUCAUAGUCCCAGGGGCAGGGAGGCCAAAAAGCAGCGGUUCUCUGUGUCUCAGCAAUCUCAGGGAGAAUCUAUAUCCUCACCGCUCCGAUCUCAGCCUAGUCAAGGAGAGUCCAGCCCCUGCUCGGAUAUCUCCAGCUAUGAGGAAGCAACUUCCCCACUCUCUGCAGCCAGUUCUGGCCCAAUCGUUUCUCAAGGUGGGGUCGUUGCUAAUGAUCCCGAAGAGCUUCCUCUCCUCAGUCAGCACUUCCUGCCAAUUGACCCCACCAAAUGGAAUGUGCAGGAGGUGUUUGAGUUCAUUCGCUCUUUGCCAGGUUGCCAGGAGAUUGCAGAUGAGUUUCGUGCUCAGGAGAUUGAUGGACAGGCCAUGCUGCUACUGAAGGAAGAUCACCUAAUGAGUGCCAUGAAUAUUAAAUUAGGACCCGCCCUCAAGAUCUUCGCUCGCAUAAACAUGCUGAAAGAUUCCAAGCCUUGAAAAGGCAGCAAGUGUAUGUGUGUGUGUGUGUGUGUGUGUGUGUGUGUGUGUGUCCUCUGAUGUCACUGACCUUGACCUAGUGACUACAGCACCCCAACUGCACUACAACAUUUUUUUUUUAAUAAUUAAUAUCUAAAAACUUUAUACAAUAUUGGGGCUAAAGCCCAAAACUGCACCUCCUCAAGAAAAUAAAUUAAAUAAAUUCAGCUGGAACAGAAAAUGACCCGACUACCUAUAAAAAAAAUCGCACAAUAGUGACUUAUACCAAAUGGAAGGCAUUAUGAAUCAGUGAUUUGGAAUUCUGACUGCGACUGGAUUUAACUAGGAGUAUCGGUGCUCAGAAGAAAUCUUUGAAUAAUGUACGUAUCACAACAGUGCUGUCUAAACAGAACUAAUAUUAUCAUGUGGUUUUACAAUCCCACGUCUUGGCCCAAUGUCUCUGGAUUGUACAUUUGUUGUUUUCAGGUAUGAUUUUGUCUUAUUGUACAUGUCAGAUGCUUUUGUACAGUACAAAUAUGUUUAAGUAAAUUAUUCUUACCUUUGUGUGUGAGUAUUUGUAACAGAGUUGAAUCACAACAAACUGGUGCUAUUUCACUGUCAUAUUUACUUUGAGAAGACUUGAAUAACAAAAGCACAGUAACAGAAUAUUCAACUUUAAACCUGAAAACCGAUAAAACCUGUAAGAAGGGAUCCAGUCUGAAAAAUUCCUGUCAACAGCGCCUUAUUCAAUGUGUGUCCAUACAGACGCUCUGGUUUUAAGAUGCACAUUAAAUUGUAUUUGUCUUGGAUAUUGGGAAUGACACUAUGUUUGGUUUUAAUUGUGCCCAGAUUUGUCAUUGUAUGUUGCUAGAAAGGAUUGUGAUGAUGAAUUGUGUUUUUUGUACAAUGCUUUGUGAAAUGCCUGUAUUUAUCAGAUGAAUGAAAUUUGUAAUAUAACAUUUUUAAUGAAGGAUUUUUCUGUCAGCUUGUUUCAUUUGUCUCACAUUUUCCUCGCACAGCUUAAUUUAUUAUUUUAUUUAUUCCACAUUUAAUUUUCCAUUACAUGGAUUAGAUAAAAUACCCAACCAAGCCUUUAAAUAAAUAUAUUGUUUUGCCAUUUAAAAUCUAACACACUUAUUUUUGUGAAACGUUCUGCUUUAUUUUUCUUUAAAUAAAAUGCUACCCAGCUUGA